UCUCUUCUUCUCUUAGUCUAUAGUUAAAAUCUAAAAAAUAUAUAUCAACAAAUAUUAACACAGCAAUACAUCUUAAGCAAUACACCUUGUAUAAUUAUAUUUUGACCAUUUUAUUUCAGAAUAGCUCUACCAAUUUAUGUACUGAUGUGUUUUUAAUUUUUAUGCAUUAAUAAUUUCUAUAAUGUUAUUAUUUUGAAAUAAUUACGACAGAGCAAUAUGCGUGACAUCGCCGACGGGAUGAAAUAAUUGUUUUUGCUUUUCAUGAGUGAACUAUUUAUUAUGUGAAUAAACAGAGUUAUUUAAUCUAAGUUCUUAAAUGUUUCUCUAAUCAUUGUAAUUGUAAUUUUUAACGAUCAAACGCUUGUCUAAAGUGACUUAAACUAUUAUCUAGUGAUCAGAAUUAUUUUAGAACUUCUUUUACAAAAUUUCAAAAUGAAUACACUGAAGACCAUUUUGUUCAGAAUUGGACACUUUUUAUUAAGUAUUGUAAGAUCUUUGAGGAAAUUAAUUUGCUGUAGACGUAAAAAAGAUACAGAAUAUGUUUUGCCUAUGACCAUAGAACAUGUAACUGAAACUGAACAAAUCAGAGAUGCUCUAUUUGAAAACCAAAGCUAUAAUUAUCAGUGGGAAACUUGGUCUUAUGAUAAUAAGCAAAAAAAUUUAAAUCCACCUGCUCCAAGUGUGGACUCUAAUGAAGAUACUAUUCAAACAGAUGAAAAUAGUCAGGAAGACUUUUUUAAAGAUAUGGUCCCUCAAAUCAGAAAGCCAAAAAAGAUUGUGAUCAGAAAUGGUAUAAAUGAAAGAGAACAUGAAAAAGCAAGCGUUAAUCGAUUAGCCAUGGAUCCAACUCGAAUAGUUAUGAAUCCAGAAUUAGGAGUAAUUGAAGACAACCCAUGCAAUUGGGAAAACAGUGAAGAUGCUGAGCAAGAUUGGGAUCCAGAUGCAUUGAUUCGGGAGAAAAAGAGAGCUGAGCAAGAGAAACGACGUGCAGAGCAUCAGCGAAGAAAGCAAGAAAAAGAAAAUAAAAAAAUGGUUAAGCCAGAAUCAUUAAGUAGUAGAAUGUUGAGCUUAUCAGAAUCAAACGAUAAGCAUAAAUAUUCAUGAUGCACUGCAAUUUCUUCAAUUCUUAGUUCUAUUGUUUAUUUAAAGAAUUGUUUUAAGUUUGAUAUAUUUUAUGUAAAAAGCAAAAUGAAUGGACAAUUGCUUAUGUCUUUCAGUGUAUUUGAUUGUCAUAUUUGUUGCCUUUUUAACUAUAUAUUAGAUCGUUACUACAUUUUUUGUGUGUAUCAUUAAAAGUAUUUUUGUUAUUUGUACUAAAAAAUUGUUUAACUUAUUAUGUUUAUUCUGUAAAUUAACAAACUGCAGAUGAAAUACCACCCUUAGUAUUUUCAGAUAUCAACUUUUUUUUUUGUAUUUUCUGAUGGCAAAGUUAAUUAUUUUAUAAGGAUAAAAAAUGUUCUUCUGAAGAAAUUACUGUGAUCAAUGCUGAGUUUUAUAACUAGCACCUAAAAUGUUAAGUCCAGUUAUCAAGGUCCUUUUUUUUUCAUGCCACCAUUUUUUUUCUUUUUUCAAAAAAGUUUUAUGUUUAAUGGCAUGAAUGGCAUUAACUACAUGACUGAAUGAUGCAUAGGGUGUCCCAUUAUAAGUUUUCACUUCCCAUAAAAGUGAAUAAAGAAAUCCAUGCAUAUUAGACGACAUAUAUUAUUAUGUAAGUAAAAAACGUUUUCAAACUAUGACUGAUUGUUGUCAAGGUUGAUAAGGGCAUUGAGGGGAUUAAUAUUUAAAUUAGUUUGUCUCAUGGGAUUGGAAUGCAUCUACCUUUCAUCAUCAUUCUCAUACAAACUGCUCUUAUCAAUCUUUAUAAUCAUUGAUAAAAGCUCUAAAUUGCUUUUGAUAUUAUGUUGCAAUGUCUUAUGCAUUAUUUUUUCUUAAUUUUCGACAGAAAUUCUAAAACUUAUCAUCGAAAACAGCCUCAAUGGAACAUUCUGUAUAAACUGUUAAAUUUUAAAGUGAACGAAAUAAAAGUUAGAAGAAUUGGUCAAAAA